CUCUCUCUCUCUCUCUCUCUCUCUCUCUCUCUCUCUGGUGAUGAUCAACUGUGCUUCCGAUCUGCGAUGGGUAACACACGAGAUGCAAAGCCGGAGCAGAGUGUUGAAGUCCAGCAGAAGACCUCUGUGUGAACUUCUCCAAGUCCCAUCCUCCCCAUCCUCAUCACUCGGGAUCCAACUUCGACACAUCACCUCCACCCUACAAUUGGAAAGUUGAAUUUUCCUCCAAGAAGAACACCGCGGAAGUGGCCAUGAACGCCACCGGCUUCAACCACACGGAGGGCAUGCUGUGCUGCAACUUGUCAUCCGUGGUGAGCGACGAAGGCUUGACGGGCGCCUCCCCCGACGAAAGGAGCCUGUUCGUCAUGCGGGUGGUGCAGAUCGCCGUCAUGUGCGUGCUGUCCCUCACGGUGGUCUUCGGGAUCUUCUUCCUGGGUUGCAACCUGCUCAUCAAGUCGGAGGGCAUGAUCAACUUCUUGGUGACCGACAGGAGGCCGUCAAAAGAGGCCGAGGCGGUCAUUGUUGGGGCAUACUGAACUAAAACCCCCGGAUUGGGACUCGGGAGUUGGGAUUCCUGCCCGUGCACAAUGAGAUUGAUCCAGGAGGUAAAAACUGGUCACUCCUGUGGGGCUGUAUUAUUAUUAUUUUUUGUAUUUUUUUUCAAGAGGUCUUUUUUUUCUAUACCGUAUUCACUGUUGUAAUGUCACUAUAGUUGCAGUCCUUGUUAUCAUUAGAUAUGUUGGUGGCAAAGGAGCAUCAUGUAAAUAUGAACUGUAUCUUUUGCAUACAAUGAGCACAAGUAUGUGUGCGUGUGCGUGUGCGUGUGCGUGUGCGUGUGUGUGUGUGUGUGUGUGUGUGUGUGUG